ACCCGCCCCCCCAUGGCCGGCGCUUCCGUUCUGUCCUCCCUGCAGGGGCCGUUCUCGGGUGGGUGGGGGGUUCGCUAUGUCUGAUGACGAUUCGAGGGCCAGCAGCAGCUCCUCCUCGUCCUCGUCGUCCACGCAGCAGCCCGAGAAGGAAGCCAGCACCCCCAGGAAGAAGGACAGCAAAGUCAGCAUGAGCAAGAACUCGAAGCUGCUCUCCACCAGCGCCAAGAGGAUCCAGAAGGAGCUGGCAGACAUCACUUUAGACCCUCCACCCAACUGCAGGUGGGCUUGGUCCAGGCUCGGAGUGUCUCACCGCAUGUGCCCUGAGGUGGACCCUUGGCAGCGUGCUUGUGUGUCCGGCUCUCUCCUGCCCAGUGCUGGUCCCAAAGGGGACAACAUCUACGAGUGGCGGUCAACCAUUCUCGGGCCUCCAGGAUCUGUGUAUGAAGGUGGUGUGUUCUUCCUCGACAUCACUUUUACACCAGAAUAUCCCUUCAAGCCUCCAAAGGUUACAUUUCGGACAAGAAUUUACCACUGCAACAUUAACAGCCAAGGCGUGAUCUGUCUAGACAUCCUCAAGGACAACUGGAGCCCCGCCCUGACCAUCUCCAAAGUCCUCCUGUCCAUCUGCUCACUCCUCACAGACUGCAACCCUGCUGACCCUUUGGUGGGAAGCAUUGCCACUCAGUACAUGACCAACAGGGCAGAGCACGACAGGAUGGCCAGACAGUGGACCAAGAGAUACGCCACAUAAACUGGGGGUGCACAGUUCUUCUUGUCUGUCACAGAAGAGAGCUGCUUCGUUUGAAGGGGUGGGAGAGGGUGGGAGUUGGUACAGAGUAGGCUAUUUCUAUAACAGAUAUUAUUCAGUCUUAUUUCCCAAGAUUUUGUUGUAACUUAAGGUAUCUUGCUACAGUAGACAAAAGCUGGUGAUAGCAACUUUUAAAACCAUCAGUUCUGCAAUAUUAGCUGAUCUUUAGUACAGAACGGAAUGUACGUUUAGACAUUUGGGUUCAAUUGCUUUUAGUCUGUAAUUUCAAAAACAGCUUAAUUUUGUACAGGUUAUACACAUGGGCCAUUUAUGUAAAGUCCUAAGAAGGAAACAGUGAUGAUAGCGUCAUCUCGUAUAGUAAAUGGACAGCGGCUUUGUAAGACACCGAGUAGGAGAUGAGUAGUUAAUGUAUUUUAAUUUACAAGCAAAUAAACUUUAACGUUUUAUUAAGGUUUGAAUCAGGAUUUUGGAGAACCUGUAGUGAAAUACCUUAAGCUGUUAACUGUGCGGCGUGGAACAGGACUCGCUCAGUACGGCUCUGUGUUGCAGACUUGUCGGGUCUGCUUUUGUUACUGUGCUAAUAAACAUUACGAACAAG